AUGACAAUUUCUCCUAAAUUCAAGCUCAUUGUAGACUUGAUCACUGUCAUUACAAUAUUGCUCAAUGGGUUCAUAUAUUUUUAUCCAGACUUAUUAAAUCCUAAGGGUCAAUGUAAUUGGUCUGAUGCUAAAGAUUUGAAACCAAAAUUUCCAAUUUUAAAUAAUAUACCUGAAAAAUUUCUACAACCUUUACUUUUAAAUGUUCGAGAUUUAGCUGAGUCUCAAAAAGUUAAUGAUGAUAUUCAUAUGUUACUUUUUGGAGAUCCACAAAUAAAUGGUAAUUGGCCAAAUACAAAAUAUAUCAAGAGAUUAGAUAAUUAUGGAAAUGAUUAUUAUCUUGGACAUAUUUAUAAUACAAUGUCAAAGAGAUUGAGACCAUCUCAUGUUACUGUUAUGGGAGAUUUAUUUUCAAGUCAAUGGAUUUUAGAUACUGAAUUUUAUAAUAGAACAUUGAGGUAUGUUGAAAGGUUAUUUCCUCAAGAUUAUGAAUAUAAACGAAAUGUGAUUGAAACUCAUAGUAAACAUGAAGAUUAUAAUUGGAAUUUAUGGUUAGAAAAUGAAACGAAAAUGGAUCCUUUGGAUAGAUUCAAUUCUAGGGUGUAUAAUGAUGUAUAUGAUUGGGUUUAUCAAGAUCGAAAAACUCCAAAUUUCGAUAAUCCAUUGUUUAUUAACUUGACAGGAAAUCAUGAUAUUGGAUAUAGUGGAGAUGCAACUUGGCAACAUAUGGCAAGAUUCCAUCAUUUAUUUGGUCAAAAUAAUUUUGUUAUAAAUUACAAUAAGGAAACUGAAAGAUCAUGGAGAAUAGUUGUAUUAGAUUCAUUAACAUUAGAAGGUCCUGCUUUACAAAAUGAAUUUUUAGAAUAUACUUGGUCAUUUUUAAAUCAUUUGGAGAAAUAUGAAAAUCCUACUUUUAAUGGUUCAACCAUUUUAUUAACUCAUAUUCCAAUGUAUAAGAAAGCAGGAUUAUGUAGAGAUGGUCCAGAACAUAAGUAUUAUAAAAAUUAUACAAGAGAACCAUAUAAAGUAGGGUUACUAAGGUCUCAAAAUCAUUUAUCAUAUGAAACAACCCAAAAAGUGAUGAGUAUAGUAUUUACAAAUGUAAACAAGAGCGGUAUAAUACUAACUGGUCAUGAUCAUGAAGGUUGUGACGACUGGUAUAACUAUGUGGAUGGGGAAUGGGUUGCAUCCAAAGAACAAUCUCCAAAAAAUCGUCAAUCGGUGAGAGAAAUAGUUGUUAGGUCGAUGAUGGGAGAUUUCGAUGGUCAAACUGGAAUAUUAACUGGUAAAUUUUUAAAUGAUAAUUGGAGAUUUGAUUUUAGUUAUUGUUCAUUUACUGUUCAACAUUGGUGGUGGGCUAGUAAAAUUAGUAUUUUAAUAACAUUAUUUUUACAAUCAUUGAUAAAAUUACCAUCAUUUUUCGGACUUCAAUAG